AUGCCACAAGAUCUCCCGCCAACGGGCGGCUACGAAGCCGUCCAAUACAGACGUAAUAUCCCCACGCGUGGCCUCAAACCCUUCUGGUACCUCGUCGGCGUCGGCCUGGUGAUGGCCUACGGCUGGCGCCAGGUGUUCGUCGGCCAGCGCGAAAAACACGAAAUGGCCCGAGAGAAGAUGUGGAGCCGGAUACACCUGACGCCAUUGCUGCAGGCGGAGGAGGACAGGGAUCAAGUGAGGAGGUAUUAUGCAGAUUUGGCCCGGGAGAAAGAGUUGCUGGGUAGUCAGAGCGGGGCUUAUAACAGUGAUCGCUGGACUGGAUCGGAUUAG